AUGUGUCUUGCUUAUUCUCCAGGAGCCGGAAUUGCGAGAAACGUUGAUAGACUACCAGAGAACACCCAACAUCGUGACCGCAGUGCGUUUCAACCUCCUCGUGAUCGUCAGAGAACCGCUGCUAAACCACUGGUCGUACUAGCCCAAACAGCAUCAUCACCACAAUCCUCAGCCGCUUCGACGCCCAGACCAACCCGACGCACUCCUGCAGGCCCUUCUGGAAAUCCACCACCAUCAGGUACUAACCUUGACAGACCUGUUACCCGCAACCCUUCCGCGGUAUCUUCUAGUGUUCGUACCGUUGCCCGUAACCCUUCCGCUAUCUCAACUGCCGGUCGACCAGUAUCCCGGAAUCCUUCUACUGUAUCAACGCGACCAGUUGGUCGUAAUCCUUCCGCUGUAUCAACGCGACCAGUUGGUCGUAAUCCUUCUGCUGUACCAACGCGACCAGUUGGUCGUAAUCCUUCCGCUGUAUCGGCUGUUGCUCAACCAGUUGCUCGACCAGUUGCUCGUAAUCCUUCCGCUUUGUCCACUUCAAAUAGGCCAGCAGCCAUUGGACCUACUGAGACCACUAGUCCUCGCUCGUUCUCUCCAGUAGCAGGACCUAUCAUCCUUAAUCAAUCGCCUGAAUCACCAGUAGAAGAAUCACCUGUACACAUUGUACCAAUAGCUCCAUCCCCAUCCAAACCAAUCAGGCGAUUCCCAUCAAAUGUGGAAGCACCACCGCCAGUAUCAGUCAACCCAGUUCAACCGCUUCCUACCAGUAUCCCUAAAUCACCACCACCUGUUGCUCCGAAACCUUUGAUAUCUCCAAACGCAGUCAGGGUUCUUCCACCAAAAGCAGCCCGAGCCGUACCACGACCGACGCCCAAACUCUUACCUGCUACACAUCUUAAUGCGAACCCCUCCACGGACGAAGACAACGUAGACACGAGGAGAUCCCGGUUGAAUUCAGAUAAGCAGAAUCAACCAAAUUCUCUAUCGCCUCCGAGAUCGAACAAGAGAGCACCGGCUUAUAAUGAAAAUCUGGACAGUGAAUUGCAGAGAGCUUUGCAGAACAGGAGAACGUAUUCGACCUCAGAUGAAGAUAGUGUGGAUGAUAGGGGUCCAUUGAUAUCUUCUUCUGGACUUCGUCCUGGGCCCUCUACAGGAGCACUAGUGCAACCAAGAUCUCAACCUGGUCGUUCAGGGAAACAGCCUACUCCUGGAGAGCUUGCAGGAGCUCCUCUCGGAGACUCACCCAGAUCAGCAUCUCCUGUUGACUCUUUGGACGGCCAAGCGCAGAAAGAAAAGGAGAAAGAGGGAGAAGAGAAAGAAAAGGAUAUGCUAGAUGACUUUUUUGAUGGCGUGAAAGAAAAGUUUGAUGAUUGUACGGUUUCAUAG